AUGAAGCCGCGGACGCCGGGAAGUUCAGAGCGCCUUGAGCGCCGUCUGGAGGCCUUUGAGUCCGGGGCAUUGGAACAGGCAGAAAAGAAGAAGAAAGCCCUGGCCAAAGCCGCGAGUGGCUCUUCGGAGCCCCCUCCGACUGCGGCUGCGCCUGUGGCGCUCAGGCGCCGGGCCUCCCUGGCCCUGCGUCAGGUGAUCGUGAGUGGGACGGAGACAGCGCUGAAGGUGAGGACAGGAGGCUUAGUUCAGGACUUCUUGCGCAGAGAUGAGGAAGCAGGCAGACUGCUCGGUGACGAUUCCAAUCGCUGCUUAAUUGAUUCCUCGGGAAGCGAGGAUGAUGCGGUGAAGGAAGCAUCACCGACCUCACCGGGGAAGGAUCGGAGGCGGCACGGCAUCUUUGCCGACCGUUCCUUCUGGCGCCGGGCCAGGCAGAUCGCGUGUUUCGAGUACACUUGCGAGCGGCUCCGGAACAACGUGAACACCUUCUGGAAGGAGCGGUUAGCAGAUUCCAUUGAUGGGCGCAAACGUGCCCGUGCACAGGCAAAGGAGAUUUAUUUGGUUGUGUGCCGUCUCCGUGGCCUUCAGGAGGCUGUGAACCGACAGUGCGAGUUGUUGGCCUUCCGGCAUGCCCUGCGUGACCGCCGAGAGGCGGAGGCCGCGCUGACAACGAAGCUCCACAGGCAGUUCCGUGCUGGCGACAAUGGACCACAUGCCUUCUGGAGCAUCUACCACAAGGAAGACAGCAAGUGGAUGCUUCCGGCACCGUCCUCCAUUACGGGCAAGCAGGAACAGAAGGAGCCCUACAAGCCAGCCUACAACAGGCAGCUUCCGGAUGCCAAGCUCGUGGCAAACCCCGGAGCCACCCAGGAGUCAGAGCCUUCCAGCCACGGCCACGCCUCUCUCAACUCGAAGCGCUCGCAGGCAGCGCGCAAGGUCAUUCAGCAUAGGCGGGACAUCAAUCAAAAGCGCCUCCCGGCGGUGUCCGAG